UCUAGGAGAAUAAGUAUAACAAUGAGUUCGGAAAAGUGGGAAAACAAUGAAGAAAUUAAAAUAUUUCGGGAAUACCUGCGUAUACCAACGGUGCAUCCUGAUGUGGACUACACAACAUGUGUGGAGUUUCUUAAGCGUCAGGCAGACUCCUUGAAUCUUCCCGUGGAUGUAGUAUAUCCAUCUGUUCAAACCAAGCCCGUGGUGAUCAUUAGAUGGCUAGGAAGUCAGCCAGAACUCCCGUCGAUUAUUCUCAACUCUCAUACGGAUGUGGUUCCCGUCUUUCGCGAUAACUGGACCCACGAUCCCUUUGCUGCCGAUAUAGAUGAGGAGGGAAGGAUCUUCGCUCGGGGUACUCAGGACAUGAAGUCGGUGGGCACCCAAUAUCUGGGAGCUAUUCGUCAGCUUAAGGCUAGCGGUUUCCAGCCCAAACGAACUUUGUAUGUGACCUUUGUUCCCGAUGAGGAAACUGGUGGCCACUUGGGAAUGGCAGAGUUCGUGAAAACGGAUUACUACAAGCAAAUGAACGUGGGAUUCAGCCUAGAUGAAGGAGCCACUAGCUCCACUGAUGUGCAUCACUUGUUCUUCGCCGAACGUUUGCGAUGGGGACUUAGGUUGAAGUUUAAUGGAACUUCUGGCCACGGAUCGCUUUUGUUGCCAAGCACAGCCGGCGUAAAGCUGAACUACGUGCUGAACAAGCUGACGGAGUUUCGAACCUCCCAAGUGAAGAACAUGGCAAAGGACUCCAGUCUCAGCAGCGGUGACGUGACCACCGUGAAUCUCACCCAGCUGAGUGGCGGAGUCCAAAGCAAUGUGGUGCCUCCUCUAUUUGAGGCAGUCUUCGACAUGCGUAUUGCUAUUACCGUAGAUGUAGUUGCCUUUGAGAAACAAAUUAGGGACUGGUGCGAGGAAGCUGGAGGUGGCAUCGACAUUGAUUUCUUCCAAAAAGAACCUUUUGUAGGACCCACCAAACUGGACAACUCAAAUCCCUUCUGGUUGGCUGUCAAAGCAGCAAUCGAUGAACUAGGAUUGAAGGUGCAUCCCAUCGUGUGUCCUGGUGCCACCGAUAGCCGUUUCAUUCGCCAAAAGGGAACCCCGGCAAUUGGAUUUUCGCCCAUCGUUAACACCACCAUGCGGAUCCACGACAACGACGAGUUCCUACAUGCUGAUGUUUAUCUUAACGGCAUUGAAGUGUACAAGAAGAUUAUUCGUAAUCUGGCUGAAGCCUAAUAAAAUGAUUUUAUCUCAACAAAAA